AUGUUAACCAAGCUCGCUAUUCACAAACACGUUGUUCAAGCAAUGCCCAGUCGACAAAGCUCUCCCGUGAAGCUGCAGGCCUUCUGUCAAGGAACCAGACUUGGCGCAGGCGCUGAGAACAAAGGAAUACGUGAACCCAAUCAUUUGAUUGAUGUUGUAGGGCUUGGAACUGGAGGCGGCCUGCGGGUUAGCGCCGGGAAGGGCAGAAAUCAUCCCCGUCGUGGCUCCUCCGCUUCCCUUGCCAGCAAUUGCACGGCCACCGGCGGGCAAGAGGAGAUGAAUAUGGGCUCCCGCCAACAGAAUGAUUAG